AUGCCCGUUGGUCUUGGACAAGGUCUCGUCCGAUUACUCCAGUUCAGCGGAGUCCUAUCAGCCGAAAAUCCCACUAAACAUCAACUAUCACAUUGGGAUAAUGUUGUAAAAGACUACUUCACUCCGAAAGCUAUAAUGAAGUUUACACUAUGGAAAGAUAACCAGCGGAAUGAAGCCAAGCCUUUCGAGAUUGGCGUGCCUAUCCUGCCUCGGUUUUUUCUCGUCACCACGCAGUCUGGCGUAAAGUCCAUGACUCUCUCGCUAGACGGCGCACGAGAACGACUGCUCUCACAACACCACGCGGUAGUGGAGUGUGUUACAGCUGUUUGGACAUACCGAUACACCAACGGCUACACGGUCACCCUACGGGGCCCACUCACCGUCCACGUUCUCAUGAUUCCUCACGCAAACACCGCCCCCUCCCAAACACUGCCAUACUCGCUCAAAUUUGACCACCUGCAAUUCGAUGCAAAUUAUCAUGAAAAGUUCAUCGCUUUGGACUCGGUCAUGGGUCAUAGGCAAUCGGAGUCGCCGAAAACGCCACGCGUUCGGACGGCUCCGACGCCAAGUCCGAAUGGGACGGUGAUGCAUAGGAUGGAUGAUGAGAGGAUAUGGGAGGAACCUAGAGUGAUGAUAGAUCACGCGUCGAUACCCGGGGAACCUGUGAACGCAUUUGGGAUUCCGCAGGCGACGAUGCGAUGUCUAGAGGUGCGUUCUUGUUUUUGGGCACCGCUUUUUCGUCAUACUGAAUGCGCGUCUCGUAGUUGGCAGAAAGUGUCAGUCAGAUGA